UCGCUGCAAUGCAAGACGGCAAAGAGUGUGAUUGAUACUGUAGAAGCAGUCAGAAGAAGGGAAACCGGCAUCACCACCACUCAGCGGGCAACCACCACCACCACCAUCACCAAACUCUUGGCAACGCUCUUGGCGUCAAUAGUAUUGGUCAGUCCCAGCCGUCACCUUGCCCGUCCCGACCAAUCAUUUUGCAUCACGCACGCUUUGUGCUCAAUCUUUCGUUCUUUACAUGUACGCAGUACGCUCUUUGUUACAUACGCUGCAGCAGGUAUCUUUCCCUGCAUCUUUUCAUUUUUAGGGAAAGCAACUGGGAGCGAGUCCUUCGGGAAGUCAUGCAGUCUUGAGAUGGUUGCUAGGACAGAUUGGGCAUGGUCGGGUUUACCUCUUCUUAUUGGAUGGAGCAAAUACGAUCUGCGAGAGUGUGGUUGUUGUGGUGUUGCGAUGCUGCGGUUUGGUAGAGUGAAGAUGGUGUUGAUCUCGGAAGGUCUGAGACGGACGGCUCAGACGGGACGGGAUCAAGACGAGAGAAGAGUAAGCGAGAGGGGAAAACUGAAGGGAGAGGCUGGAUGGAUUGGAGAUAAGACUUGGAAGUUCAUUUCGCCAGGACUGGUGUCAGACACAUGUCCUUCGCCAUGACAGACGGAAGACUAGAAGAUGAUGGACGGACAGCCGACUGUAAAUCAUAAAGUGAAGGCAUUCCAACAUCUGGCUAGCUUUGCGCGUGUAUGUCAAGUGGUUGAGUGCCAUCUCGCCUACCCUUACCCCAACCCGUCUAGUCGAAACGAAGCCAGCUGCGUGCGUGCGCCCCCUUCAAUAGAUCACUGCACACAACUCCAAAUUCGGGGUAGUCAAUUUUGGGCGUUGAUGAUAACGGGCGACAGCAGAGCUUCCAUGUUACCGCGAUAGCUUUGCCUCGUCACCGGGUCAGUAACAUCCAACCUACCAUGCCCGAAAGAAGCGGCUGAAGAAAAAGUGGCGUUAUCGGAGCAGCAUUGCAGAUAGAACAUCAAUCCCGCAACCAUACAAAUCGUUCACGUGGUUGAACCCAAUGAAGAACUGCAUGGAUGCUAUCGUGGAUUUUGGGUAUUCAGCCUCGGCUGCCUUGUCCUCCCCCGCGU